AUGAGCGGGGUGCUGUCAGGGGUAACCACAUCUGUCAACCGUUCUUGGCCAAUAAAGAGCGGAGCGAGGCGGACCACAGGUGCGCGCCUCUGCGUCCCCUUGGCACAGCGCCCGGGAGAUGCUGGAGAGAGACGCGUAGCUGCCCCGUGGCUCAGAAGAGUUACUGUCAAAGGCAGCCUCCUUUUAACUCCAGCGAUCACUCUGGCUCCGAUAGUUAUGGCGACCGCUACGUCCAACCACUACAGCGUCCUCACCACCCCCAGCAGCGCGCCGCCGCCUCACUCGGAGUCCGGGAGCAUGCAGCAGGCGGCAGCGUACAGGGACGCGCACACCCUGCUCCAGAACGACUACGGCACGUUACCUGGCAGUGGACAUCCACUCAGCCACGCGCACCAGUGGAUAACGGCGCUGUCUCACAGUGACAGCGGGGCGCCCUGGCCAUCCAGUCCCCUCGGAGAACAGGACGUGAAGCCCAUACUGCAUGACAGUGACCGAGAGGAGCUGCAGAACUCCAGCAGUCUGCAGCAACAGCAGCAGCAACAGCGACACCCUCACCUAGCGCACCAGCAGGCGCAUCACGACGCCAGAGCAUGGCGAACCAGCACAGCCACAACGCUCAUCUCCGGCAUGGCGACAUCUGAGGGCCAAAGCCUUGUGUACUCCCAGUCCGGCUUCGGUCUAAUGCCAGGUGAAGAACAAGGAGGAAUGCACCACCACCCCCUGCGGGACGAGGACCACCACAGCCACAGCCCGCACCUCAGUGAACACGGGGGCGGCCCUGGGGCCCACCAGCAGUCUCUCUCCCACCAUCACCAGCACGGGAGCCAUCAGGACCAGUCGGACGAGGACACACCGACCUCUGACGAGUUGGAGCAAUUUGCCAAGCAGUUCAAACAGCGGCGAAUCAAGCUUGGCUUCACCCAGGCGGACGUGGGACUGGCUCUUGGGACCCUCUAUGGAAACGUUUUUUCUCAGACUACAAUUUGCAGGUUCGAGGCGCUUCAGCUCAGCUUCAAAAACAUGUGUAAACUCAAACCGUUGUUGAACAAGUGGCUGGAGGAGGCGGACUCCACCUCGGGGAGCCCCACUAGCCUGGAUAAAAUCGCGGCACAGGGUAGGAAAAGAAAAAAGAGGACCUCCAUUGAAGUGGGCGUCAAAGGCGCUCUGGAGAGCCAUUUUCUCAAAUGCCCAAAACCAGGAGCGGCGGAGAUCAACUCCCUAGCGGACAGCCUGCAGCUGGAGAAGGAGGUGGUGAGGGUUUGGUUUUGUAACCGGCGGCAGAAGGAGAAAAGAAUGACGCCCGUUGGGGGACAGGUAGCAGGAGAGGACAUGUACGGGGACACCCCUCCCCACCACGGAGGACAGACUCCUGUGCCGUGACCCCUGUCCAUUAUUCUGAGAGAAACAAAAAAAUAAAAAACAAAAUAAACACGGACCCCUUAAGGAGGUAUAAUGCCUCCUUAUUUGUUUCAUUCUCUGUGCUGGACCGCUCCGUAGUGGACAUCAGCCAGGUUAGAUGUUGGACGGACAUAGGUUACACAGCGGGACAGAGUGUGACACCCGAGCCCUAAAAAUACUUAUAGUACAGCUGUAUGGAGAGGUUUUCACGCCAAGCACACUGAGCUAGUGUGCUAACUGAGAAAAAAAAGAAAAAAAGAGGAUGAAAAAAGGCGACAUGGAUGUUCUUGUUCUGUAUCUUGACCGAGGAGCCACUGUGUCAUCAUGUAACGUGUCAUUUAAAAAAGACAGAGGGUGGUGUGGAUAGUAGGAGUCUGCAGACAGGGCACAAGAUUUUAAAAAAAGCAAGCUUCGGGUAUGAUGAUUUAGGCGCAGUCAGUGUGGGUAAAUAAACGCCAUCUUUCCAUCAUAACAAAAGCGACUGGGGUUCCUCGCAGCUUGUGGCAAGACAGGGCUGAAAUGGCAGACACCUGCUGUAGCCCACAAUGUUAAAAACCAAUACCAGCCAAUAGCUUCUAUUAUUAUUAUUAUUAUUAUUAUUAUUAUUAUUAUUAUUAUUAUUAUUAUUAUUAUUAUUAUUAUUAUUAUUAUGCACCCAUAAUCAGU